UCGUUUACAAUUGAUAACACGGACCUUGUGAACGGCGCGUAUCGCUAGAAAAUCAAUCGACACGUAGAAAUCAAUUGGCACGUUAAUAGAUGUUAGUAUCAAAAUGGAAAAACAGCUUCACGAAGAACAGAAACUCAGUCAAGACCAAGUACCGAUAUGCUUCGGUUACCGCUCCCUACCGUCGCAGAAGUAACUCGAAAGUACGAUGUUCAGAAUUCCGCGAUACGUACGACUUCUCCUGUUCCUAUGCACUGUUUCUACGAUCUUAUGUGCCUUUUUUAUUAUUUCUGUAUACAUUGCUGACAAAAAAAAUGACGAGAAAACGUUCGCAAUACGGACGGAGGAUCGAAAGCAAACCCUACAAGUGUCGAUGAAAUCGAUGAAGAAACGUUUUUUUAACGACGACCAGAUUCGUAAGAUGACAUUGCUCGGAAAGUGGCUCGUGUCUAGCGAGGGUCAUUCUCCACCACCGAAAAUUAAUACGAAAAAGGGCCCUUAUUUGAUUUUAAUUUGGAAGCAUGGAAAGUUCUUGGAACGCAGGCACAUCAAACGAUUUACAAACAAUGAAUUCUCACCUUGGGAAAAUUGUUCAGUACAAGACUGUGUAUUAACGUACCAAUCGACAGAUUUAGACACUGCAGACGCGGUCGUGUUUCACUUACACCUGACAAAAGACGUGUCAGAAUUGCCAGCGAGACGUCGACUGGAUCAAAGAUGGAUCUUUUUAACCGAUGAAUCACCGAUGCAUACUUUCCUCUACGGAAGACAAAAACUGUCGAACUAUAAUGGUUUCUUUAAUUGGUCGAUGACCUAUCGAAUGGACAGCGACGUUCCGGUACCUUACGGACGAACGAUUACCAGAUCGUACAUAAAUUCUCAGGACGCAGAUUUCCCGAAGAAUUAUAUUAAAAAAUCAAAAACUAAAGUUGCUACCGUAAUGGCCAGCAAUUGUGGCGGUACGAACGGCAGAUGGGACUACGUAAAGGAGCUCAAGUCGUUUUUAGGAAAAGAUCUGGAUAUAUAUGGAAAAUGUCUCAACGGUAAUACAGCCGCGUGUCCGGGUCAUUUCGAUAAGGAUUGUCCCGCUUUAAACGAAUACAAAUUUUAUCUAGCUUUUGAAAACUCAAACUGUAAAGAAUACUUGACGGAAAAAGUAUUCUGGCACGGUUAUCACAAAUCGGCGGUUCCGAUAAUAAUGGGUGCGCCAAAGGAGGAUUGCGAGCAUUUAUUACCGCCUAAAUCGUUUCUUCAUGUUAACGAUUUCGCUAAUCCGUCCGCUUUGGCGAACUAUCUCCAGUAUCUUAAUCGUCACGAUGAUAAAUACUUGGAAUAUCACGAAUGGCGUAGAUAUUUCAAAGUAAUUAACGAGCAUGGUUAUUUCGGUAGCAUUUCGAGGCAUUACUGCCGAAUUUGCGAGGCUCUUCAUUACAAUGUUCCUAGUAUUAAGGUAUACGACGACAUGGAGUCAUUUUGGAAUAGAAAACAAGAUUGUGACCUCUAAUUAUUUCAAGUUUGACCAUAUAGGUAUUAUAGAUAAAAUAGGAGAGACAUACAUGG